CUUCAAAACAGAAAUGGUAUCUGGGUUUGGAGCGGAGCCAGGUUAAUUAGAAGAUUUUUUUUCCCCCUGGAUCACUGCUCAGAUUUCAGCUUUGUGCUGUGUCUCUGAGAUGACUCUCUUGCAAGUUACUCAUUACUGUUUUUAACCAGAUGGGGCGGGAGUGGGUGUGCUUGGGGUCCAUUCUCAGUCUUGGGCAGAGGCGGUGUCCUGGGGCCUCACAGAAGUGGUCUUAGUGAUCCUGCCCACCCCCUCCCCCGCCAGGGGUUUCUGAACCUGGCCAGUAUUUCUGCCCCUCCUCAAGCUGCUAGAUUUCCCUUGUGCCCUUAGGGCAACAGUGCUGCUUCUCUCUCCUAAGACUGAAGCUUUCUCUCAGGAGGAAAGAAAGGAAAGCUUCCAGGUGGAAUUUCUUGCCCCUUCCACGGUGGUGGCUGCCUUCUCUCCCUUUCCCAGUGCUGCCCCACCAAAGAGAUGUUAUCAGAACUCUGAAAAAUCUUGGAGGUCCCGCUGCGGCGCAAUGGGAUGAACAGCAUCUUGGGAGCGCUGGGACGCAGGUUCGAUCUCCCGCCGGGCACAGGGGAUUAAGGAACUAGCAUUGCUGCAACUGCGGCUUAGGUCGCCACAGCGGCUUGGAUCUGAUCCCAGGCUCAGAAACUCCAUAUGCCAUGGGGUGGCCACCCUCCCCCAAACAAACAAACAAACAACAACAACAAAGAAAACUCUGAAAAUCUUUUCCGAGGACCCAGUGGUCUUCCUGGAGAAAAGUCUAUAAGAGGAUGUGGACUCCACGGACUUGGUUCUGUUGUGCCAGUGCCACUCAGCCUCCAGCCAUUUGCCAGCCCGGUACUGGUGCCCGGCUGCCUGCCCCCCAGGUGAUCAAUGCUCGUUACGGAUCUCUCCCUGCAGGUGCCUGUCUUUCUCUAGAUUCUGGACGAGUUGGUUGCCCUGUGAUCUCAGCGCGCCGGCACCCUCCUCCACGCAGCUCCACCUGCUCCUGGAGGAAUGGCGCCCUCCUGCUGCUUCUCUUCCUCUCUUUGGAGCAGACAUCUGCAUCGCUAUACCGCAGAGUCAAAGAGAAACCAGGAAAGUGCCCCCAAGAAAGGCUCACCUGUGAUGCUAGAGUCCCAGACUUGUGCCAAACAGAUUACAAUUGCAAGAAGCACAUGAAGUGCUGCGCCUUCGCCUGUGGGAAGAAGUGCAUGGAUCCAUAUGCAGAACCCUGCAUGCUACCCGUAAACCGUGGAAAGUGUAAGAAUAAAACCACGCACUGGUAUUUUCAUAGUAAACAUCGUAUAUGCAAAACCUUUAUCUAUCAAGGCUGCCUUGGGAAUGCCAACAACUUCUCCAAGAAGGAGGACUGCAUGAAGGCUUGCUCAUCCACGGUCAAGGCUGGACAGUGCCCACUCUUCCCUUUCAAGGACCGUAUGAGGUGUUCAACUUCAUGUAGGGGUGACUUCGAUUGCCCCCUAAAAGAAAAAUGCUGUGAAUCCAUGUGUGGCUUUGAUUGUGCCAUGGCCUGGACAGUCAAAGCAGGUUUCUGCCCAAACAAGCCACCGACAUGUUCCAGGAUUGAAAAACCCAUGUGCCUGCAGGAUGCUGACUGCCCAUCGACAGCGAAGUGCUGUUCGCGCUGUGGACUGAAGUGCCUGGAUUCCCUGAAAUGAAGAGUAAGUUUAAAGUGUUAUCAUCAAAGUACUUAAUUAUGAGUAGUACAAUAAAAAGCUAUCCAUAUCGUCCUGCAUCCAA